CUACAUUCCAGUACACAUAUCUCUGUCCGGGGCAUCAGCUUUACUGGGACAGCAAACUUACAGCUCACCACCCUACAUCUACCAACGAUGUCUGGCAUCAAUCCCGACGCCCGAAGGGAGGUCAACAACGCCCUCAUCAGCGCUGGGGGUGCCGCCGUCGGACAGAUGAUUGACACGGCCAACUCCUCUCUUGAGAAGCGCCGCCGCAACGGGCGGGCGCGAGAGGAACGCGAAAAUGAAGAGAAGGCCGCCAGGAAGGCAACAAACGCCGCUGGCGGCGUCCCCGGCUAGUAGACGCCAUACCAUACUGUCUUGAUCGAUAGAUAUAUAUAGAUAUAUAUAUAUUGCAGCAAGGGGGGGGCGAUUGAUGUUGACCGGGGUUUAUGUCCGUC